AUGCUGUUAAAAAAUUUCGAAACAGACAAGCAGCGAAAUAAACGGUAUGCGUGCUUGUUUAAGGAGCUGGAUGUUAAAGGAAAUGGUCAAGUUACUCUAGAUAAUCUAAUAUGUGCUUUUGAGAAGAACGAUCAUCCGCUCAAGGGUAAUGAUGAGGCAAUCAAAAUGCUAUUUACUGCAAUGGAUGUGAAUAAGGAUUCUGUAGUUGAUUUAAGCGACUUCAAGAAGUACGCUUCCAAUGCCGAAUCUCAAAUUUGGAACGGUUUUCAGAGGAUAGAUUUAGACCAUGAUGGUAAGAUUGGCAUCAACGAAAUAAAUAGGUACUUGUCAGACCUGGACGACAAGAACAUAUGCAAUAAUGAAUUUAUCCAUGAAUCUUCAAAUGAAAAAAUGAACAAAUUCUCGAGAUUUUUUGAAUGGGCGUUCCCAAAAAGGAAAACCACCAUUAGACUACAGGGCCAGACUAGCCACAAGGACGAAAUUGAUAAUCGACGUUCAAAGCAAACAAUCAACCCAGAUUUGUACGUUACAUAUGACCAAUGGAGAGACUUUUUGCUGCUGAUACCGAGAAAGCAGGGUUCUAGACUUCAUACCGCUUAUUCCUACUUUUACCUAUUCAACGAGGAUGUCGACCUAUCUUCAGAAGGUGAUGUUACUCUUAUUAACGAUUUCAUUCGUGGAUUCGGGUUUUUUAUUGCUGGUGGUAUUUCAGGUGUCGUUUCGAGGACUUGUACUGCGCCAUUUGAUAGACUAAAAGUGUUUCUCAUUGCAAGAACGGAUCUAUCCUCGAUUCUGUUAAACUCAAAAACUGACCUUCUUGCUAAAAACCCCAAUGCUGAUAUAAACAAGAUAUCAUCUCCAUUAGCAAAGGCUGUUAAAAGCUUAUAUAGACAGGGAGGGAUAAAGGCGUUUUAUGUCGGGAACGGUUUGAACGUUAUCAAAGUUUUUCCAGAAAGUUCGAUAAAGUUUGGUUCCUUCGAAGUCACCAAGAAAAUAAUGACCAAAUUAGAAGGCUGUCAUGACACGAAAGACCUUUCAAAGUUCUCCACCUACAUCGCUGGUGGUUUAGCUGGUAUGGCAGCACAGUUUUCCGUUUAUCCUAUAGAUACUUUGAAAUUCAGAAUGCAGUGCGCUCCUUUGAAUACAAAAUUGAAGGGGAAUAAACUACUGUUUCAGACCGCAAAAGAUAUGUUUCGAGAAGGCGGGCUCAAACUAUUUUACAGAGGUGUCACAGUUGGUAUAGUGGGUAUAUUUCCCUACGCUGCUUUGGACUUGGGGACUUUUUCAGCCUUGAAAAAAUGGUAUAUUGCUAAACAGGCAAAGGCGCUGAACCUACCACAAGAUCAGGUCACGCUAAGCAAUUUGGUUGUACUUCCAAUGGGUGCAUUCAGCGGAACUGUGGGAGCUUCCGUCGUCUAUCCAAUCAACCUUUUGAGAACAAGACUACAAGCUCAAGGAACAUAUGCACAUCCUUAUGUCUACAACGGCUUCAGAGAUGUUUUGUUAAAGACGCUUGAAAGGGAAGGUUAUCAAGGUCUAUUUAAAGGUUUAGUACCCACUUUAGCGAAAGUAUGUCCAGCAGUUUCUAUCAGCUAUUUAUGUUACGAAAACCUAAAAAAAUUCAUGAAUCUGGAAUAA